CUACUUUAUUAAGUAUUCGGUCGAUUCUGUCAAAAAAUUAUCAAAAACUGUGUCUCUUGUAUUUUUCUGUAUUUCUUCAUUAUGUCUGAAAAAGCAGUUUACGUAGAUCAAGAAAAACCUUUAGAUUUAAGCUGUGCAUCAUCCAAACAGGUACAAUCGGUUUUAGCCAAAGAGCAACGAAAGUUACCUUGUGGUACAUGUGGAAAGUUCUUUGAUAGACCUUCCUUGUUAAAGAGGCAUGUUCGCAUACAUACAGGAGAAAAACCACAUGGGUGUUCAAUUUGUGGAAAAAUGUUCAGUACAAGCAGUUCUCUUAACACUCAUACAAGGAUUCAUACUGGAGAGCGUCCUCAUAAAUGUUCCCUAUGUGGAAAACGAUUCACAGCGUCUUCUAAUCUUUAUUAUCAUCGUAUGACACAUUUCAAGGAAAAACCACACAAAUGUAAUGAUUGUGGUAGAUCUUUCACCACACCAGGUGAUUUAAAAGCGCAUGAAUAUUCUCAUACUGAUAACUGGCCACUACGAUGUACUAUUUGUGGACGAGGAUUUUGUAAACCUGCAGCUCUUCAUCAUCAUUUUCGAGUUCAUAAUAAUCAACGAACUGAAAAACUUAGCCAAUGUAAGUUUUGCUUGCAGACAUUUUCCAGUCUGAAACAAUUACAAUCACAUAGAUGUUCAUAUGAAGCAAAACUGAAUUUAUUGAAUACAGAAGUUCUGAGAUAUCAACAACAAAAAGUAUUAAAAUAUACAAACACCAUUUUACCAUGGGGUUUUUCAUAUCUUUAAUGUAACUACGUAAAAAAGUAAACAAAUUAUUGUUAUACAAAAUAUUUUUAUUCAGUUUUUAAAGAAGUUUCAUUUUGUGUACCUGAU